CGCGCGGUGUUCGUGAACGAGAGCGCGUGCAUCGGGUGCCGGCAGUGCAACCACAGCGCGCCCAAGACGUUCAUGAUGGAGGACGACUGGGGCCGCGCGCGCGCGUAUCAGCAGUGGGCGGACACCGAGGAGGACAUCACCAUCGCGAUCGAGUCCUGCCCGGUGGACUGCAUCUACUGGGUGAAGCAACGGAACUUGCCCAUCCUCGAGUACGCGAUGCAACGGUGCGAGCGCCAGAACGUGGGCGUC